AUGAUAAAUGAAUAACCUAAUCAGAAAAUAUAAAAAAUUCCAAAAUAAGAUCAAUAUCCACAACUUUAAUAGCCGGUAUAAAACUAAGCAAAGCCUUUCAUAUAAAAUAAUCCAAUAGAAGGAUAAAUUAUAAAUCAAUUUCCACAAUUCAUAUUGCCAUUAUAAAACAAAACUUAAUAACCAAAUCCUAUAAUAUAAAAAAUUACAAUAGAAGGAGACACUUAUGAAAAAUUUCAACAACCAAUAGGAUAAGGAUCACAAAGUAUUGUUUAUAAGGGAAGAAAUAUUAAAACAUAAGAAAUUGUAGCUAUUAAAGAAUACAAAUUAAUAAAUCAAAAUGAAUUAAAAGCCAUAUAAGCAAUUUAGAGAAACAAUUUCAGUCAUAUUAUUGGAAUAAAAGGAGUAUAGAUUCAAUAAAAUUCUUAUCCAAUAAUUGCAAUGGAAUUUGCUCAUGGAGAUUUCUUGUAAUUUAUGUAAUCAUAAGAAUAUCAAAAAUUAACUUAUAAUGAAAGAAAUUCAUAUUUUAUUUAAGUAAUUAAAUAAAAUGAUAUUUUAGAUGGUAUAAGGAGUUGAAUAACUUCAUUCAAUACAAUUAUUUCAUAGAGAUUUAAAACCUGAAAAUUUUGUAUACAUUAAAGAUUCUAAUAAUAAAAUGACUAUUAAAUUGAUUGACUUUGGAUUAGUCAAAGAAACUAAAAAUUAAAUGAAAAAGACUAUUUAGGCUGGAACAGAAUAUUAUAUGGCUCCUGAAGUGUUUGAUUCUUAAAACGGAUUUUAUGAUAAGUCAGUUGAUACAUGGUCUUUGGGGAUUAUUUUGUAUGAAAUAUUGGCUCAAGAGAAUUUAUUUAAAGGUAUUUUGAAAUCUAUAAUUUUAGAUAAACCAAAAAAAAAUUUCUCUUAGAUAAAGUAAAAUGGAUAAAAUUUCAUCGACGAGCGAAUUCAGUAUAAUGAUAAAAUUUAACAAAAAGAAAAGUAUUUAAUUAAAAAAAUGCUAAAAAUAAAUUCAUCCGAAAGAAUAUAAUUAAAAGAUGUAUUAGGAGCUUAAACUGUAUUUUAAUAAUUAUAAAUUAGAACAAUCCUAUUCCUCUUCCUCUACCUCAAAAAAAACCUUAAGAUAUAUCAGAAUAUAAUUUCAUAAUUGAUAGGAUUCCUGAUUAAUAACGAAAAGAACAAGAGUAGAAAUUGAAAAAAGAAAAAGAUUAAUAUGAAUCUUUAUUCAUUAUUGUAAAAUAAUAAUCUAGUUAAUAAUCUCUUUAGAUUAAAACAAUUUCAGAACAAAUUAAGUAUUAUUAAAGAAUUAAACUAUAAUUUUAAGGAGAAGUGAAGAUUUAAGAUGUUAUACAAUAGCAAUAAAUAAUAACAUAAGAUAUUUAAGUAUUAGAAUAGUAAGAGAGGAUGAUAUAAUAAUUUGAUUAAUUACAAUUAAUUUCUCUUUAUUAAUAAUAUAAUAGCAAACUUGAAGAACUUUAAUAAUCUUAAAAUAGACUUAAAAUUUUAAUUGAAGAGGCAAAUGAAUGUCUUAAAUAAAUCGAAAGAUAAUAUGAAGAUGAAUAUCAAUAAUAAAUUGAUGAUUUAGAUCACAAAUUAAAUGAAUAAUUAGAUAAAUUUAAAUAUUUAUCUAAAAAUUAAAAAUAUAAAGAUAAAAUAAAUUAAAUAAUUAAUAAAAUUGCAGAUGAAUCUGGUAAGUUGAAUUCUCUAAAUGUAUUAAUAUCUUAAAGAACAUAGGUAGCAUAUUAAUAAUACAAUCAAAAUUAUGAUUAAAUUUAAUAAUCAAUAAGUGAUUUUUAGAAAUAAUAUAAUUAAUUGCAUGAAUAAAUUUACAAUGAUGAAUAAAUUUAAUAGAAAAAUGGAGAAAGAAUUAAAAAAUUAAAAAUCACACAAGAUCAAUUAGAUUUAUUUAAAAAGAUAAUGAAUCAAUUAAAAGAAAAACUUAAAAGUUUGAUUAAUAAUCAAUAUUGCAAUGAUGAAUAAAUUAUGAAUUUAAUAAAUAAUAGAUUGGGUAGGAUAGAAUAGACUAUAAUUGAAUAAUAAAAGUAAUUUGAUAAGUUCAAUGAAAUUAAUGAAUAAAAUUCUUGUGAAAUUAUUAAUUAUUAAAUAAACUAAUUGGAAGAAUUUUAGAGAAAAUUAAAGGAAGUUGAAAAUAAUGUAAAAGAAUAAGUAGAUUAAUUAAAGUAGAUAAUUUAAAAAAUAGGAGCUUAAAACAAAAGUGAAUAAGAAAAAGAAAUUUUAAAGUUAAAUAAUCAAUUAUAGAAUAUGUAUAAAGAAUUCUCAAAAGCUCUUUAAUCAAUAAAAUUUAAAUCUGAAAGUAUUGAAUUUUAUUAAAAAGUGAAUGAGAAAAAAGAGAAACUUGAAAAAUAAUUGUAGGAGGAAAUAAAAAAUUUAGAAGAAUAUUUAGAAAUUUAAAAUCAAAAUACUUAGUUAUUUAAUGAAGUAUUAAAUGAUAUUAAAGCAAAAAAAGAGGAUUAAAAAUAACAAAUUGAAGAGAUUUUCAUAAAAUUACAAUAAACUAAUAAAUAAAAAGGUGAUCGAUUAAAGAUUGUAGCAAAUAAAGUGUUUGAAAAAUAAAUAGAAAUAAAUUUUACCUAGAUAGAUGAUAAUUUAAUUUAGAAUUAUGAAUAAUUAAAAAUAUAAGAAGAAUAAUUGCAAAUAGAAUUAAAUAAAAUAAAUGAUAAGAUAUGGAAUUAAUAAUUAAAUCCUUAGUAAUUAAAUGAAUUAAAAGAUUAUAUUCUUAAGGUAUAUUCUAACAUAGAUGAAUUAAAGAUGAAAAUUCCAUAGUAUGACGAUGUAUAAUAGCACAACUAAAAUUAUCAAUAAAAUUUAGAAUCAUAUGAAAAAUUAUAUGCUUUACUUAAUUAUAUAAAAUAAUAUCAUUUAACAAGAUAUUAUGAAAGAAUCAAUGAAGAUGAAAAUAAAUGGAAAUAUUACAAAAAGAAUAAUAAAGAAAAUGAUUACAAAAAAUUAUUUUAAUCUAGACUAAAUGAAGAUUUGGAAAAAAAUGCAAAAAUAGAGAUGGAAGCAUAAGAUAUAUUAUAGAGAUAUGAAUAUGCUCUAAAUGAAAGUUACUAUAAGAUGGCAAUAGAAAGUAUGGAAAAAGAUUAAGAAGAAAUUGAGAAACAGAUUUAAAUCGUAGAAAAUUUAAUAAAAUCAAGAGACUUAAUAAAAUUAAGAUCUAAAUUGAAAGAUUAAUCAGUGGUAAAAGAGAUUAUUAAUGUCAAAUAAUAUUAUAAAAUAAUAGAGUUCGCACAAAUGCUAAUAUUCAAUAUGAUAAAAAAUAAAAAUAAAUAAACGAUUCAAUAAGGAUAAAUCAAUCAAUAUUGA